AUGGAGUCGUAUCUGGAGGCAUUACGCCCGGCCGAACCCAACUCAAUUCUCAUACUCCAUGCCUGCGCCCAUAAUCCGACGGGCUGUGACCCUACACAAGACCAGUGGAAAGAAAUCGGUGCGGUGGUCAAAGAACGGCAGCUCUUCCCGCUUUUCGACGUCGCAUAUCUCGGAUUCCGAUCUGGAAAUUUCGACAAAGACGCAUUUUCUAUCCGGCAUUUUGUGAACGGCCUUGGCCUGGAAACAGCAAUAGCCGUCUCCUUUGCAAAGAAUAUGGGAUUCUAUGGCGAACGAGUUGGAGCGACACUUUUUGUGACCAGCACCGAGGAAGUUGCACAUAAGUGUGAAUCCAUGUUGGAGCGAUUACAGCGUUCCGAGAUAUCGAAUCCUCCGGCAUAUGGUGCGAAGAUUGCUGCGGAAAUCCUGGGCGAUUCGCUGCUCCGCAAUAUGUGGUUCGAAGAUUUCAAGACCAUGAGCGAUCGGAUCGCGGCGAUGAGAACAUCGCUUUAA